AUGAUUCUUCACAAUCAGAACAACAAAGUGACCUCCAUUCUCUCGAUUAAUCCGAGAAUCUCGUCGCUUCAGUCCUCCGUCCGACACCACCGCUAUCACCACCGGCAACCACCGUUGCCUACCCCCUCUCUCUUUCCUCUUUUCUCUUUUUCUUCCCUCUUUUUCCAUUUCUCCUCAAUUUCCUGUACAUUACCCCUGGUCUCUGUGCAAAGCCCAAUCCCAGCAAGAAACCUCAGUGCAACCCAGCGGUGGCUGAGCUCUGUGCCGCUGCAACACCGCCUCUACUACCCCUCUCUUUUCAUUCUUCCCCUUUCACCAACGCAGGUCAUGCCACUAUUGAAUGUUACUGAGGUUGAAAGUGAAGAGAUGAAUUUUGGCUACAUGGUUAUCUUCAAACAGACACGUGAGAUGUUCAUUUCUGUAGGCGAUCAGAUGUUCAAUUUACUUGUGAAUGCGGAUGGUUAUUAUUGGCUCUCUAUUUCUAUGUGAUGAAUGUUAUAUAUGACUUAACUGACUAUCGUGGUUUA